AUGGCAAUCGUGCGAGUCUUCGCGACAGAGGAAGAGGUGAACUUGCUGUCCCAGUCCCUCACAGACUGGGAUCAGACGAUGCCAUGCGCAGACACCAGCAAGACAAGCACCGUGGACUUGAUCCUGGUGAGCAGCAAGGACUUGGCUACGAACGCGCAAGCGUCGGACGCUGUUCAGACGUUCGAAGAAGCAUUCGCAAGCAACCGAAACUGGACCAAGUGCUUCGCUGGCGUGAAGAACAUGUCCGCCAAUCUCUCUGAACAGCAGGACCAGUACGAUGGGCAGGGCUACCAGAUGAAUCGCUUUUGGGUCACAGGGCCCAACACGAUCUUCAAAGAGAUCAUGACCGCGAUGUUUUCCGGAGCCUACAGGGACAUGUACGAGAGCUUCUUUUUGAUGGAGAUGGAUGCUGUGCCGGUGAAACCUGGAUGGCUCGACACCUUUGUGUCCGAGGCUGAGGAGAUGCCCAGCAGCAACAUGGCGAUCAGGGGCAGCAAGUACCUUGGGUACAAUUGGGACACGUUCAUGAAGUUGAUGCCGUCUUAUGUGGUCAACCAUAUCAAUGGCAAUGCAAUCUACAACCUGCUUCAUCCGUGGACACGGUUCUUGUACGACACCUUCUCGAUUCAGGGCGAUGUGUCGAUGGACGACAUGGCUUUUGAUGUAGCUUAUUCCAUGAUGACCACAGCUGCAAUGGCCGGAACUAGCGCCAUCUUUGCGGAUGCCUGGGCUCGGUGCAACUGCAGCACCACGACGUACAACUCCAAUACCAUGUUGAUCGCGAACUAUGCGAAUACCCUCAUGAACAGCAGCUUCGAGGUGUCAGCCUUCGUCCGGCAUGUGUCGAAAAAAAACAUAUUCGAGAAUCUGGCGGCUGACAUGGUCACCCUCGCUGUUGCUGAGGUUGGCACGAAUACGGAGACAUUCCUGGCUAGUAUCGCAACCAACCAUCCCUUCAAGAGCAUUCUCCUGUUCAUGUACUCUGACGAGACCACCUCCGUUCAGGUGUCCUCGGCACCCUCAGGCAACGUGACGACAACGAUUCAGCCGGCAAGCAUGGAGCCCUGGAUGCUCUUGUGCGAGGUUGCGGAAACGGCCAGAACCUCGUGGUUUGCCCUGGCAAGCACCAUGCACAUCAUCAAUGCUCCAGUGCACGUGCUGAUGGACGGAAAGAAUCCGAUCCUGCCCUACGUCCCUGCCACCUCCGAGUCAUGCACGCGGAGCGCCGCCUGCGCUGCUUCAAUCAGCCAGGCCGAGAUGUUAUUUGGCGUGGCCCUGAAAUUCCACCAUGACAUCAAUGACGUUUUGUUCAACACAUCGGAGGCCAAAGCUUUCUGUGCUGACUGGAACGCGGCGGCCGGCAACAUGUCCUGGCAGACGUGCGAGUUGAAUUGGGGUCCGACAGCAGACGACUACGUGGCCUGGAAGAUCAGCAAGGGCAUGGAUGUCCCGGGCACUCCCAAGGACAAGACCCGCCAUGGCUGGAGACCUUGGACCACUUUGUGGAGCCCCAUGCCGAUUGAUGAACGCAACUGCUCGACUCCAGUGUAUGGGCAGAAGGACUACGAUGCCAUCCUUGACUACACGUCCGCCUGCAGCCUCAUGGUAGAGGACGAGGUUGCCUGCACUUCCGACUCCAUGUGCAAAUGGAGGCCCCUCUUUGAGACAGGCGUCUGCGUGUUCAACACUAUGGGCAACGAGACCUGGGCCGUUGUUGAACCAGUGGGAGCGGGCACCAGCACCAGCACCAGCGCCAGCGGCGACGAGUCGGAGCUUGCAAAGACCGUCUCUUGUACGCUCUCCUUGGCUGUCAUGCUGGUAGCUGCCGUUUCUACAGUGUGA